AUGGGGAGACUUGGGGAAGGGCGGCACCGAGAACAGCAACGACAUCGAGGGACGGGGCGGCACGUAGAGUCGGGCGGUGUCGAAAGGAGCGGCGGUGCUCAGGGUUCGGGCGGCGCCGAAGGGAGCGGUGGCACUCAGGGUUCGGGCGGCACCGAAGAGAGCGGCGGCACUCAAGGUUCAGGCGGUGCCGAAGAGAGCGGCGACACUCAGGGUUCGGGCGGCGCUGAAGACACCAUGCGCAGGGCUUGGGUUACCCCUGAGACUGUGGGGAUGCCUUCCCACAGACCGCGGGGCCUUGGUCCUGUGACUGUGGGGGGGUGUCUCCACAGGCGCAGGGAUAAGCCUGCGGCUGUGAGCGGCCAUAGCCCCGCAGCCCAACCAUAG